AUGUCCACUCCCUCCAACGUCCACGUCUCCACACAUCCCUGUGUUCGAGCGAAACUCUCCCUCCUCCGAUCAGCCUCCACGAAUGCAAAACUCGUCGAGUCCCUCAUCCAUGAGAUCGCCACCAUAGUCGGCAGCGAAGCUCUAGCCACCAGUCUGGAAGUGCAAGAGUCCGGCACCGACAAAUCCCCUCUGGGCUACUCCUACCCAACCCACUCCAUCCCAACCUCCAUCUCCCUCGUCCCCAUCCUGCGCUCCGGCCUCUCCAUGGUGUCCGCGCUACAAUCCCUCCUCCCUCAACCCGUGCCCGUCCACCAUCUAGGUCUCUACCGGGAAAAGUCCACCCUGCAACCCGUGGAGUAUUACAACAACCUCCCUUACCACUCUUCCUCCACUACUUCAUCCGCUACCUCAAGCUCGUCCGCUGGACCCUCCGAGUUGGCGAUCAUUGUGGACCCUAUCAUCGCUACUGGCCAGACGGUCUGCGCGGCGAUCGAGACCUUGAAGGAAUGGGGCGUUAAGCGGAUUAUUGCAAUCUCCGUGCUGGCGACUGAGGAAGGGUUGAGGACCGCUGGGGAGGCAGGGAAGGAUGGGGUGGAAUUUUGGGUGGGAGGUGUUGAUGCCGAGAUGGAUGAGCGGGGGAUGAUCAAGCCUGGACUCGGCGAUGUCGGGGAUCGUUUGUUUGGGACGGGAGGAAGGUGA